GCGCCUAAACGUUAGCGCUGCGUACGCACGAUUUAGUUUAAGAACCGUCAGAUAGCACCAACACGAUGCUGCGUUUGUUCUCGUUUUGCUUGCUUGUGGCUGCGGCUGUUGCUCAAAAUGGUUAUGAGUAUAAUCGUCCUGGCCGACCAUUUGGGACGGGCUCUUCAUCUACGCGACCUGGUUAUCCCUCAGGGCUUUCAAAUUAUCCUACAACUACGCCCUUCUCCGUUCGACCUCAGACUGAUGGCUACUCCAGCUCUACGCCCGGAUAUCAAACUGGAACUUCGGGCUACCCAUCAAGCCCGGGAUACUCAGGGACUAGUCAACGACCACAAACGGGAUACCCUGGACAAGGAACAUCGUAUCCUAAUUUAGGAGAACCGGGAAGUCAAGGGUUAAAUGACCCUAGUAGAUACCCUGGACAAGAUACAUCGUAUCCAAGUAUUCCUGCAUACUCAGGCCAGCCAGGAUCAUCUUACCCAGGACAAUCCGGAAUCUAUCCUGGUCAAGAAUCAUCUGGAAAUUAUCCCGGUCAGGGUACCAGAGGGCCAUCAAGUUCAUUCCCUGGGUCUAGAUUCCCCGGUCGACCCGGUUCUCCUAGCUUUAAUCCCGGUUCUUUUUCACCAGCAUUCGGUACAGACGGCACUGGUGCCUACGAAGGUGGGGACUACUCUGCUAUACCCGGUCAACCCGAUAUAGAUUAUCCUAUAUUGUCCGACAUUCCGCAAACCUCAUUUAGCUGUAACUCCCAACAAUACCCUGGGUAUUACGCCGAUGUUGAGACCCGUUGUCAAGUGUUCCACGUCUGCGCGAACAACAAGACUUAUGACUUUCUUUGUCCUAACGGAACUGUCUUCUCGCAAGAAGUUUUUGUUUGCGUCUGGUGGAACCAAUUUGAUUGUAGCUCAGCUCCCAGCCUCUUCAGCCUAAAUGCAAAUCUUUACGACUACUCUAUAACGGGUUCUCAGGGUGGAUUCCCAAGUUCAGGACUCAAUAAUUAUCCCGGAGGACAGCGUGGACAGACAUUCCCAGGACGUGGACCAUUAACACCUUCGGGUAAUUACCCUGGACAAUCAGGAGCUCAAGGACCAUCUGGUUUCCCAAGUAGUUUGGGACCGCAAGGGCCUCAAGCUAAUUUCCCUGGUAGUUCUGGAUUCUCUGGGAGCGGACGUCCUCAGAGUCCAGUAAGGUAUCCUGGUAGCUCAGGAACACAAGGUACCACGAGCAACUACCCCAGUACUUCUCAAAGCUACCCUAAUGGUUUUGGGUCUCUGAAUCCUUCUACUGGUUAUCCUGGUACAAACGGCGCUCAGGGACCUUCAUCGACUUACCCAUUCACUUCAAAUUCUAGACCAUCUACUGCCUAUCUAGGCAGUGGAUCUACUGGAGGAUACCCAAACUCAGGGUCUUACUCAGGCAAUUCCGGGCCUCAAGGUCCCACAACAGUAUACCCUGCUACAUCAGGCACUCGGGGACCGUCUUCAACAUACCCAGAUACAUCAGGACAGCGCUACCCGGGAUCAGGGCCAGGAGGGUCGUCUUCUGGACCAGGAUCUAAUAACUAUGAUGGAAACCAAGGAUACCCCUCAGACAAACCAACCGGCUCAUUUUUCCCAACCGGAAACGGAGGUAGACCACAACAACCGAACCGACAAUAUCUUCCACCUAGAAACUAGCCAGUACGUAUUUAAUUUAAAAUAAUGGUGUCACACACGUAUUAAGGAUAUUUAAAUACAAUUAGAUACGAUUAAGACAGAGCAUGCAGCCAGUAUGUAAGUUGUAACGUAAACAGACGAAAAUGUUGGUGCUAUUAUGAAGAAAAAAAAUAGAAUUAAGAAUAGGCUGUAUAUUUUCAAAAUAAAUAUAUUUUCAAAAAUGUUUAAAAUAAUAAAGAAAAAACAUGUGAUUCGGGAACCGAUGUUACCAAUAGUUUUUUUUUUAGUGAAUUUGUUUGAUUUAUUUUGAUUUUGCUUAGUUAUAUUAUUAAGAAUAUAAUGUAUCUGUAUUUGUAUAUACGCAUUUUUUUACAAAUAAACUUGCAUG